AGCGUCUCAUUAGUCCCGUCACUUAAACCGUGCGUUUCCGACGAUGCCUCUUUCUUGGAGGCCCCUUUUGCUACUUUUGAUUUCGAUUUGUGCAAUUUGUACAGGCGAUUUGUUUAGCAAUUCGUUUUUGGUCAGAUUCAAAAGGGAAGUGAAUCCGGACGAGGCACAUGGGAUCGCGAAACGUCAUGGGUUCAUCAACAUGGGACCGGUCUUAAGGUCAAAGACUGAAUACCAUUUCGUGAAUAAUGCCCUACCCCCCGCCAAAUCCAAGAGGAGUAUUGUUCACGCGAGAAAAUUAAAAUCAGAUCCGCUGAUCCAUACUGCCGUACAACAACCCGGGUUCAUCAGAGUCAAGCGGGGUUAUAAGCCAUUAAAAGUUGAAAACCUGGUGAAAGAUAUUCAGCCUCACAGCGACCCAUCCGAUCCAUACUUUCCCUUUCAAUGGUAUCUGAAAAACACGGGACAAAAUGGCGGGAAAGCCAAACUAGACUUGAACGUCGAAGCCGCCUGGGCCCAAGGGGUCACGGGCAAAAAUAUUACUACUGCGAUUAUGGAUGACGGAGUUGACUACAUGCAUCCAGAUCUGAAAUAUAAUUAUAAUGCACAAGCGAGUUACGACUUCAGCAGUAACGAUCCAUAUCCUUAUCCAAGAUACACAGACGAUUGGUUUAACAGCCAUGGAACGAGAUGCGCUGGCGAAGUAGCAGCGGCAAGAGACAACGGAAUCUGUGGAGUUGGGGUUGCGUACGAUUCCAAAAUUGCAGGAAUCCGAAUGCUGGAUCAACCCUAUAUGACUGAUUUAAUUGAAGCUAAUUCAAUGGGACACGAGCCAAACUUGAUCGAUAUAUACAGUGCGUCUUGGGGACCUACCGACGAUGGAAAAACUGUCGAUGGGCCCAGAAACGCCACCAUGAGGGCAAUAGUAAAAGGUGUCAACGAGGGUCGAAACGGCCUGGGAAAUAUUUACGUUUGGGCCAGUGGAGAUGGCGGAGAAGAUGACGAUUGUAACUGUGAUGGUUACGCUGCAAGUAUGUGGACCGUGAGUAUCAACAGCGCCAUAAAUGACGGACAGAAUGCCCAUUACGAUGAAAGCUGUUCUUCAACACUAGCCAGUACAUUUAGCAACGGAGCGAAGGAUCCCAACACGGGAGUGGCAACAACUGACUUGUACGGUAAAUGCACCACAACCCAUUCGGGAACAUCUGCUGCGGCACCCGAGGCUGCUGGGGUUUUUGCCUUAGCCUUAGAAGCCAAUAGCCACCUUACUUGGAGAGAUAUUCAGCAUCUAACAGUGCUAACGUCGAAAAGAAAUUCAUUAUUCGAUGCCAAGGGCCGGUUUCACUGGACAAUGAACGGAGUUGGUUUAGAAUUUAACCAUUUGUUCGGUUUCGGCGUCUUAGACGCGGGAGCUAUGGUCGCAUUGGCAAAACAGUGGAAAACGGUACCGCCACGGUACCAUUGCGAAGCUGGAAAUAUUUCGAAAAUGGAGAAAAUUUCGUCCAAAAAUUCGCUGAAAUUAAAAAUAACGACAAACGCAUGUAAAGGCGAGAACACGGAAGUUCGAUAUUUAGAGCAUGUCCAAGCCGUAGUUUCGGUGAAUGCUACACGACGUGGAGAUUUGGAAUUGUUUUUAACUUCGCCCAUGGGAACAAGAUCAAUGAUUCUUAGUCGCAGACAAAACGACGACGACUCUAGAGACGGAUUUUCCAAAUGGCCUUUUAUGACCACUCACACUUGGGGCGAAUAUCCUCAAGGCACGUGGCAAUUAGAGAUAAAGUUUAGUUCCGAAAGUCCACAGACAGGAUUUUUCAAAGAGUGGUCGCUGAUGUUGCAUGGAACUAAAGAACCACCUUAUACAGAGCUUCCAGUGCUAGAUCCACAUUCCAAGCUAGCCAUAGUGAAAAAGGCUCACGAAGUCAGAAGCAAAAUGUAG